AUGCAGCGUAUUGAGAGGGCAGAAGAAUUACGAGGGGCAAUCGAUCUACAACGCAGAGCUGUACAGGCAACGGUAGAGGAACAAUUAUUAACGGGUACUGUCUCCUCUCCUAGCGAUUUACGACUACCAGCAGGAUUGUCUCCUUCUAGUAUAUUUACUGAGGAAGAAGAUCGUCUCCUUUUAUGGUGUCUCUAUGAGCAAGGAGUUAAUGCCUUUGCUCUUGUGCAUGCAGCGGGAAAUGCUCCUGAGCUGCUGCGCGCUCGUCAAGCAUUACGUUCUUGUCGUGUCCCUCGGGGUGUACGUGGAGGUCGAGGGGGUAUACGUAAUUUAGAGACAGUUAUAGGGACAGCAGAGGAAGGAGAAGAGGAGACAUCAGAGAAAACAAAUAAUCCUUAUGAUGAUUUUGAUGAAGCUUUUGUUAAUACUGUACUGUCUCCUCCUCAAUCUGCUGCUGCUGCUGCUGGUGCUGCUGGUGGUGGUGCUGCUGCUGGUGGUGCAAUGCAUACAAAUAUUGCUGCAGCAGGCAAUAAUUGUAAUGCAGCAGCAGCACUUAAUGCUGCAGCAGCAAAUCUUGAUGGCACUGCAGCAGGAAAUACAGCAGGGGCAGCAGGAGGAGCAGCAGCAGGGAAUGCUGCAGCAGCAGGAUAUGGUACUGCUGCAUCAAGAAGAAGCAGCAACAGGGGAAGACCAAGAGGAAGACCAAGAGGAGGAGGGGGACCAAGGACAAGCUCUAGAUCUGCGGCAAGGAGUGGUCCUAAUGCUGCUGCUGCUGCUGCUGCAGCAGCGGCAGCAGCUGCUGCUGCAGCCGCAGCCGCAGCAGCAGCAGAAACAGCAGCAGCAGGAGGAGGCCAACCUGCAGCAACAGCAGCAUCUAUUGCUUCCUCCCUGUCUCCUUCUCUUGGUAUAUAUAAAGGAGACACAGAGAAACAAAUGAUGCAGCAUCCAGACAUAUCUGCACAUCUAGCAGCAGCAGCAGAGACACACGAAUUAUAA